CAUUGAUAAGGAUUUAUUCUGUAUUUUUAAAAUACGAUAGAAAAAUAAUUCGCAAAUAUUCGAAUACGAUUUGUUUGUUAUUUUACAAACAUUGAAACAUAGGACCUGCACAGUGACACAAUAAUAUAGGGUAUAGGUUUCAUAUAAUGUACUCGCGUAUUUUUUGUCGUAAGAUUAUAGUAAAUUUGUUGGCUAAUAUAAAAUAAUGCUUUUUUUCUCGUGAAAAAUGCCCAUGCUGGCUGUAUAUAAACAGUCACGUUUGUUACCAAUGGUGUGUUGGGCCAAAAUUUUCCUAUAAAAGGCGUAAACACACCAUAAAAUAUGACAUUCGUUUCUUAGACGCCAAGCCGCUUAUACAUCUCAUAUUAUAACGCCGAGCUUGCUCUUUGAAAACUCUCAUCGCGCUUUCUCUCUCUUGUGCAAAAGUAUUCUUUUUUUUUUUUUUUGUAAUUGUAAUUUUUUGUGUUAAUUUAAGAUAUAUUAGAUUUGUUUUUUUUUUUAUUUAGUUUAUAUCACUUAGUUUUUUUUCUGUUUUUUCUUGUUUGUUUAUUUGCUUAAAGUUUUCAAUAGGUAGUAAUGACGCAUGGACUAGAAAACUUUAAGGUACGGUACAUGCGGGUGCAGACAAUGUUAGCCGCGUGGUGCAUGGAAGAAAACGUAAGUAUAAUUUGAUAUUAUAUAGAAAAAACGCUGCUGCAAGCCUCUCGUGCGUGUGUCACGAAUUAUCUAGGAAUAAUUAUUGACUUUAAUGUUUAUUUUAUUGCAGGACGACAAUCUCACGGCAGGUGUUCUAAGAGUGACGUCAAUGCUGGUCGUCACCGUGGUGGGCACUUUGUCAAUGAGUAUCUUGGCGUUGCUGCUCUGCCUGUUGUACGCAGGACUCGCGAUGACUGCGUUCAUCGCCAACAUCGUUUGGAGUCCUGCAGUGCAACGGGCAUGGAGAAGGCGUGUGCCAGGGGCCGCCGUUUUGGCAGACGGGGAAAUAGCGUCGCGUUGCGUGUCCAUCGGGAUAGAUACCGCAAGACUGGCGACUGCGACGCUGGCCUUUGUCAUUUGGCUCAUCGCUGACUCUAUCGGCACCGUUAUGUUUGUGGCAGUGGAGUUGAUCGGACCCUCCAGCCGACCCGAAGAGCAGACGCCGCUUAAGUCUGCCGCUGGAGGUCCGAUCGUCAUAGACACCACGAUUGCGGACGUCACUCUGAUACCGGGCAGUUCCGUCACCACGGAAAACGGUCCUCAUGUUGACACCGUGAAAAAAGCGUCAGCAGCGCGGGUCGAUACCACGUACGUG